AUGGAGAAGGAGUUGGAGUACUUGAGCCACUUUAUCUCAGGAGAUGGUGUCAAAGUUGAUCACAGAAAGAUAGAGGUCAUGGUAGAUUGGCCUCUACCCAAGGACAUCUCGACCUUGAGAGGAUUUCUGGGGCUCACGAGUUAUUAUAGGAGGUUUGUCAAAGGCUAUGGGCUCAUAGCCAAGCCACUCACAGCAAUGCUCAAGAAGGAUAGUUUCGAGUGGACAACCGAGGCUAGGGAAGCCUUUGAAGAACUGAAGCGAGCCAUGACCAAGACACCUGUGUUGGCACUUCCCAAUUUUGAGAGACCGUUUAAAGUUUAUACAGAUGCAAGCGGCGAAGGCAUCGGGGCUGUGUUGGUCCAAGACCGAAGGCCUUCGGCCUUCAUUUCCAAGGCACUGGGGCCUAUGAAGAAAGCAUGGAGUACCUAUACCUGA